GGGACGGAACAAUAGGAUUCCUUCCGUCUUUUUUCUAUUAAGUGUAUAUGUAUGCUUAGCUUCAUAGAUAUGAAAUAUUUACAUCAUUUAAAUAAAUUCCAAAUUAGAUGACUUUUUAUAUAAUGAACUCUUAAGAAUAAAGAUAGUAAGUAGAUCCAACAGACCCACAGGACCUGGGAACUGGCAUAUUGAAGAUAAGAAAAUUUUAUAGAGGAAACUGAUGCUCAGAAAGGUAAGGAAAAGCAAGUCAUAAGAAAUGUUAUGGAGAUGGAAUUGUUAAGAUCCUGGAAUAUGACAGCCUAGAAACCAGAGAGAACUAAAGUCAAAAAACCCCAGAGGAUUAACACAGGAAUGGGGACAUUGAAGAUCAAGAUUCAGGAAACAGCCUAAUAUAGCAUUUGAAGGAGCUGUCAGUGCUUUCUGAGAUACUGGAAUGGAUGAGAGAUAAUUCCUGCUUUGGAUGCUUACUGAUUGCAGGCAUGGAGCAAGGUCAGGGGCUGAGGAAAAUCUCCUCCGAUGAUAUGGCCAAAAUAAUCUGGGACUAUUGCCUACAGUAUGGUGUAGUGGGAAGAGUGCUGAAUAUAAUUGGUGGAGUCUCUUUCAUUGCAGGGAUCCUAUGUAGGAAAAAUCCAUUCCAUUGGUGAGACCUUCAAAAAUUUUAAAAAUCUACGAUCCUUAGAUCUAUCAAGAAAUUUAAUCUCUAGUUUACAGGGUAUCGAGUAUUUAUCUUCACUCCAAGAUCUGAAUUUAUAUUACAACAACAUUCCUUCAUUAGCAGAGGUGUCCCGCCUGCAGGCUUUACCUUGCCUAAAAAUGCUAGAUUUGAGACUCAAUCCUGUUGUCAGGAAAGAUUCAGACUAUAGACUCUUUGCUGUACACAUGCUACAAAAUCUGGAGAAACUGGAUGAUCGCUCAGUUAGAGAAAGUGAGCGGAAAGCAGCCAAGCUUAAUUUCAGUCAGUUGGGCAGCAAUGAAAAUUUCCUCUUUGAUGUGGAAAACAAGAGGGAGAAGACCUUGAAAAACUGUGUGAUGGAUGAAAGGUCAUCAUCAAAACUGGAAACAGAUGUUGAUAACAGGAUUGAAACAGAAUUAAGCAAAGGACUUUUCCUUCCUCUCCCCAACCGGGAAAUAAAGGAUUCUCUAACAAGUGCUUCAAUCCAGACCAGCAAUCCAGCUGAUCAGAAGUUAGACACUUUCCCACUGGGGACCCAGCUACAGGAAGUGGCAAGAAGGGAGCUUCCAGGUGAUGUUCAUGAGGAAGAUGAAUUCAGAUGCUACCCAUCUCUUCAGUCCUCAGUCCGGUCCCCAGACAAGAUGGCCAAAGAAGGAUUCCGACUAACUUUUUCAGAUGGUAAAUCUUUAGGUUCUUCUCCAGAGAAAGAGUUGAUAUCAAAGGCUGAUGCUUAUCAGCUUAGCCAUGAAGUCUUAUCAAGUAAACGCUUGGAUGUGGGUGAUUCAAGCCAAAUACACCCCUACCAGUUACCUAAAGAUAAUAGUCUAGAUAAUUAUAACAGUCACUAUCCUCACCCCAUAACCUUACAUGGAAGUUUUAGCAAGAAAUCCCCAACUCAUCAAAGAAGCAAGAAUUACAGAGACUAUAGUACAAAAUCUUUGAAUGACACAAAGUCGAUCUCUUGUGGAGAUAUAAUGACUCCUUUGACUGACUCAGACUCUGCCACUGGAAGACUGCUUAAGCUCAGUUCAGAUCUCUACACCACAGGCUAUUUUAGCAGUGAUCCCGCCCUGCUGUCCAAUAUCGAACAGCAGUUAUCUGGGGGCCUCACUGAUUUAACACAAGUACAUGGUUCUUUCAAAAAUAACACUGCCAUGGGAAACUCUCUACGGACACUCCUGUUGCCUUCAGGGACUCAAGAAGACAGGGGACUUUCAACAAAGAGGUCUGUGAGCCCAACUAGAAGGGCAUUUAAGAGGAAGGAUGGUCUUCUUUCAAAUGUGGUGCCAAAGCAUGGGUUCCAAGAUGUUACCAACAAUGAGCUUCUCUCUAGUGACCCGGGCAGUUUGCUUGGUUUGCAAGGAAACCAUAGUCCCCCUCCCACUGCCAGGACUUCCCAUGUGGUUGGGGUGCUCCAACAGCUCCUAGAGCUAGUGGACAAGCACUGGAAUGGCUCAGGAUCUCUGCUUCUCAACAAGAAGUUCCUGGUUUCUGCCCGGGAUAUGCUUCUGAGCUUGGUGGUUCCCAACCCUGCUCAACAGUGGACCCGCUCACUGCCUGAAGAAAGUCUGAAAUCCUCACGAAGAAGAGACCUUGAUCUAAAGGAUGCAGGGCAGUUCCCUGGUAUUCCAAAUGAUCUGGAAGCAUUGAAGCAAAAGAUGGUCAGGGUACUGGAGGAAAAUCUCUUUUUGUCUGAAAAGGUACAGCUGUUGGAGGAAAAUGCUUCCAAUUCUGGUGUGGGUGGGCACCAGUCUCACAGUUAUGACGAAUUGCUCCGUAAAAACCAGCAGCUGAAUUUACAGGUGAAUUGUCUGAAUCAGGAACUUAACCAGCUAAAGAAACUAGAAGAAACAGUGUGCCUUCUCCAGGAAAGUCAGAGGUCCUUGGUUACAACCAAUGAAUAUCUACUACAACAGCUGAAUAAAGAGCAAAAGGGUUACAUGGGAAAAGCAAUCCUGCCUCCCGAGAAGAGUCACCGCAUAGGGAGAACUUCACCCUUUGGGAAACCCCUACAGUCUUCCUUAUCACAGGCAGCUCCUGACUGUGAGUCAAGUCAAAGAGAAAGGCUCUCAGAAGGAUUAGAAACAUACAUGCUUCGAUGACUUUGAGUCAGCCUGUGGAAGAAAAGAAAGCAAUUGAAGUAAUGAAGAAGACAGCACCCCAGAUAUAAUGUAUUUGAGUUAUAAAUAAAUCCAUGAACUGCU